AUCCGCAGUUACCUCUCUGAAAGUGCGAGCGUUUGUCGAAGUACGAAGUGAAAGUGUAAUUUUUAACACAUUCGGGACAAUGAAAAAAACUAAAAUGCAGUUACAAUGGAAUUUUGUGAAUUACCAGAUUAGCAUUAUCAAUGGAAGCAAGAAUUAUUUGGAAUGAUCAUCAUCUUCCAGCUGGGUUUUACGAUCAAAUACUGUAACCGCAAAGUAUAUCGUACACGUACAGGUGACUGACAAUGAGACCGUAGCAACUGUACAUUCGGCAACAUGUCUUUUUCGAUAUACUCAUCCGGCAUUUGUAAUGCAAGCGCAGGGCGGCAGAAUGUUUUUUCCGGUUCUACAUGUUCAAAGUGUAUUUGCUGUCCGUAUGGCUAUCACAUUGACUUAGAUUUUGUCCGUUAUUGUAAAGCUGUGGCAGCAGGAAGUGCAGGGGAUCGAUUGGCUAUCGAAAGACGGAAAAAGAAAGCACGACGAAGACAAUGUCAAUCUAUGGAGUUUCUUCUCGGACUAGUAAGUCCUACUUAUCCUGAAUCAAAAGCUGAGAGUCUAAAAUCACCUGAAACAGUUAUCUCUGAUAGUGAUUUCACAGCUUUACCAAGGUUAAGUUUCGCAACUGACAGUAACACCAAUAACUUAUCAGGAUUGGAUUUAAGUGAUGUUGUCUGUGAUUUUGAAGCCACGCUUAAACAUUCCUCAAAGGCUUACGGAUCUGGUGACCAAAUAGAGCAAGAGCUUAAUGAUCACACAUAUACUGCAAUUCCGGUGCAAGUUCCUUUACCUUUGGAAUCUACUGGGGAUUUCGAUGAGUCUAGCGUUGGCAAUGGAAACUCAAAUCUUAGCACUGGAGCUCUGCAGAAUAUUAGAGAGCAAAUGGCGGCUUCUUUGGAAAAGAUGAAAGAAUUAGAACAACAAGUUCAUGCAAUACCGAUGUUGCAGGUCCAACUUUCGGUUCUUCAAGAAGAGAAACGAGAUCUCAUUCGUCAAGUGUAUGAUUUCAACAGAUCAACAUUUGAGAAUGAUACUUUCAACAGUUUUCGAAGUCCUUCUUUCUCAGAGGCUCGAGUUUGGCCGCAAGAUGCAAAAACGACUACAACGACCAGGGAAAUGGGCACAUCAUGUAUAGUCAUGACGAGAGAUGUUGGUGUCUCUCACCGGCAGAUUCAAACUCGAGAUGUGGGUGUUAUGACUAGUACCUCCGUUCAGCAAUCGUCUCCAAAAGGGUGUUUACUAGGCUCUAAUAUUGCAUUUAACAGUUUUCAAGAGUCACGCCUCGAACAUCGUUUACCGUCUAUCACUCCGACAAAACUGGAGCGUAGCACAAUGAAUAUUGAGUACAUUAUUCCUAACUUUUCACAACCGGUUUCAAAAUUUUCCGAAACCACUGAAAGCCCCAUGGCAUUUGAAAAUAUUCAACCCUUACAAGCCAGAAAUAAUUAUUUAAACAAAUCGCUCAAUGUGUAUCCUGCGCGACAGUUCCGAGAUUUUGGUGUUAAUACUUAUAGACAUAACACCAGGCCUCUUCAGCAAAGCAUUAUAAUUCGUGAAGAAAUUUUACCCGAAAAAGAAAACGAGCCUAAUGUGAGGAGACUAGUGAAAACGAGUUCGAAGGAAACAAUGACGCCUUUGAAGAUCAAAGACAUAAUGACAGCAGAGGAUAUCGUAGUUGCUGUAGAGGCUGCUUUAAGUGCUCAUAAGGAUUUUCUAAGUAAAGCUAAGGUGUCUAAAGAAUCGCAGUGUACUAUAGAUGUUAAGAAUAAACAAAUUCAGACAUCAGAACUAUUUAGAUUGCGAAAUAGUAUUGGAUUGACAGCAAAACCCAGAACAUGUGAAGUCGGCACUGAGAUGAAUAUGGGUCCUUGUACAAAAUCUGUAGCUGCAGGCCCUGAUCCCGUCACAAUCCCUUCUAUUUCCUUGAAUUCUAUGAACUUACGAAGUAAUUCUUUUAACUAUGGUUAUACCCAGCCGAAACGAAUGACAACAAAAUCUAUUGGUGUACUUGUAAAUGACUUAAUAAAAACCAAUGUGAAGAGUACUGAUACUUCCGGCCUAGUACCCAAGAGUCGAGAAUUUGGUACGUCACCCCUAAGGAAAAAAUUCACUGACGUUUCUGUUGGCGAAUCUGUCAAGCCCCAUAUCACUAUUUCUUGUGCAGCAAACUACUGUGACAAUUGCAAAGAAACAAUCAAUAAUUUAGCUAAACAGAUUAGCAAUAAUACAGAAAAUAACGCAAAUAAUCCAAAUCCAAUAUCUCGUAUUCCAAGACCUUCAAAUAUCGUCCUCUCCACAUCAGAUAAUAGAAGACAAUUUAAAAGACAAGACACGUAUAUAAAAAUACCUACUGCUGUCAUUAAAUAUGACGCAGAAUGUAACGACCAGUAUGGUGACAACCUGAGGCGACUGCCCCUAGCCUUUUGCCCCCUGAGGCGGUCGCCUUCUCCGCCUCCACCUGUAGUGGCCCCUGUCCAUCUGUUUCAGCAUGGACAAACUGCUUUGAUGUUAGCUGUUUCACACGGACGUAAAUAUAUGACACAAUUACUUCUGGAUGCAGGAGCAGCAAUCAAUAUUCAAGAUGAAGAUGGAAGCACUGCAUUGAUGUGUGCUGCAGAACAUGGGCAUGCUGAUAUUGUUCGACUUCUUCUUGCUCAUCCAGAUUGUGAUGCGUCCAUAACAGAUAUAGAUGGCAGUUCUGCUUUAAAAAUUGCCCUCGAAGCUGGAAAUCGUGAUAUAGGAGUACUGCUUUAUGCUCACGAGCAUGUUAAUAGAGGAACAAGUCCCUACUCUUCAAUAAGGAGAACUCGUCGUAGUUCUAAACAAACGACACCCACCGGUUCUUCUCCUUCUGCUCCUGUUAGUCCAGUCGCAUCGCGAAGAUUUCAUUCAUCCAUUCACAGUAAGAACAAAAUGUGAAUCUAACGCUAAUUUUAGGGUACCAUAUACCUGCAACCAGGGUCGAAGCCAGCCGUAGGGCCCGACGGCCCCCACUCCGAUAUUCCGCGAAUCUUAAUAUUUUCCUAUAGAUGUGAAAAAAUCUAAACUGUAACUACCUCCCCUCCCCCUCCAAAUUUCUGACUACGACCCUGCCUGCAACAAAAAUUAUUUUUGGCAGUGUGAAUGGUACUACUAUACUAGGUAUCGUUUCCCUUGGACCUGGGGUACGCUACGUCACAUACUGUCGAUUGUUUUUAAACUUUUGCGGCAAAAACAAUCGACGAUAGUUUCGUACCCUAACUUCACGAAGGAAUAAUAAGGAGACCUAACUCCGUUCCCCCACUUGGCAAUAGAAACAUUAUCGUAAGUGAUACGCACAUUAUAGGAAG